AUGGAAGAAAAAUUUUUGCAAACACAUAUUACUUUAUUAUUUUAUUUAAUAUUGCUAUUUUAUUUAAAAAAUUUUACUGUAAAUUUUAUAGAAAUUCCGAAAAAAAUACUUCAUUAUAUAAAAGUUUAUUAUUCCUUUUUAAUUAUAUUGACAGCUGUGGGAUUUUUUAGUCGUUUAAUUAUAUUAAUACAAAUAUUUAUAGUACAAAAAAUUAAUGAAAUUCUUAAUAAAUUUCUAAAUAGUAAUUCUAAAAAUGUAAAAAUAAAAAAAAAUAUAAGAUUUAACAAAGAUUCAAGUAAACUGAAGUUAAAAAAAAAAAAACUAAGUGAUAUAGAUAAUAAUUUUAAAUACUUAAAAAAUAAUAAUUUAGACAAAUUAAAUCAUGAUAAAUUUUCCAAAGGAAAUAUUGAUUUGAAUAAAAAAAAUUAUAUAAAUCAUAAUCAAGAUGCAAAUAAAUAUGAUAAAAAAAGGGAAGCAUAUAUCCCCUAUAUAAUAAAAAAAAGAAAAAAAAAUAAGGAAAAAAAUAUAGAAAAUGAUCAAAUUAAGAAUGAAGAUAUAAAGAGAAAAGCGAAAGAUAAAAUGAAAAAUGAUCAAGAUACAGAAACUUAUCUUGAAACAAAAGAAAACACAAAUUUUGAUUAUUCAUAUAAGCAAAAAUAUAAUUUUUUUACACAUUUCUCCAAUGUAUCAUAUAAUGAGGAAAAUUCUGUAGAAAAAAAUAAUAAUAUGAAUUGUAAUAAAAAUAAUAAUGUAAAUAGUAAUACAACUGAACAUUUAGAUAACGAUUUAUAUAACAGCAAAAAUAAAUAUACUAAUAAUAAUAUAAAAAACGAUAUAAAAACCAAUUCAAAUAAUAAUAUUUAUAAUAACCCCAAUAACAGUUUCAUUAAUUAUAGAGAUAGCAAUUGCAGCUAUACAUGUGUCAAUGAAAUGAAUAAAAAAAUAAAUGAUACUUUUACAAAAUCAGAAAAAAUACCAUUAAAAUCUAUACUAAAAAAAAAUAUUUUAUCAAAUGAUUCCUUAAAAAUUAAAAAUAAUCAAAAAGUUAAGAGUGACAAACAUAUACGAUUUAAUGCUGAUAUUGAAACGUAUUUUUUUGAAAAAAAUUCUUUUGAAGAGGACGCAUAUAACAAUGACAAUGAUAGCAAGCAAAAAUUUUAUAGAAUAUUUGACGCUUAUAAUUUAACUAAUACGAAUAUAUUCAGUUAUUGUAAUGUGAGUUAUAAUUUAAAUUUAGUUUUUAACGAUGUAAUUAAUUCGUUUUUUGUUUAUAAAGACAAAUUAGUUAAAAAGUUUUAA